UAUGAAUAUGAAUCAUUUUCCAUCAUAUGCCAGUUUACAAAAUUUAGAUAUUGUCUCCUCAAGCAACAGUAAACAUAUUAGGUGGCUUGGUUGCUUGAUUCUUCUUCUCCUUCUUCUCUGUAUGAUCUCUCUUACAGUUGCUCACCUCUGAUCAAGAACAGAGAAUGUACCCUGGGGGUUAUACUGCUGAGGUUACAAGCUUAUCUCCUAAAGCUACAGAGGAGGACGUACACGAUUUUUUUGCAAACUUUGGUGCAAUUGAGCAUGUUGAAAUUGUCAGAUAUGGUGAAUUUGCUUGUACUGCAUAUGUGACAUUUAAAGAUGCUUAUGCCCUGGGAACUGCUGUGUUGCUCAGUGGAGCUAGCAUUUUAGAUCAAUGUGUAUACAUACAACCUUGGGGAUCAUAUAUUGAGGAAUCUGAUCCUUGGAGCAGUCCCUCGUGGAAGCCAGAAGAUGAUUCUAGCUCAAGACAGGCUACUCAUAUGGGACAAUUCGUCUCUACCCCAGGAGAAGCUGUAACAGUGGCGCAGGAAGUCGUCAAGACAAUGCUAGCGAAGGGAUAUGUUCUGGGGAAAGACGCAUUUAUCAAGGCCAAAACUUUUGACGAAUCCCAUAAUGUCUCCGCUAGCGCAACGGCCAAGGUUGCGGAGCUUAGCAAUAGAAUUGGUCUCACUGAUCAGAUCUAUGCCGGCAUGGAAACCUUCAAAUCUGUGGAUGAUAAAUACCAUGUUUCAGAAAUCUCAAAGUCAGCUGCAAUAGCCACAGGGACAGCAGCUGUAGUCGCAGCUACAGUUACGGGGAGAGCAGCUGUUGCAGCUGGUAAUGCCGUAGUCAACAGCAGUUACUUUGCCAAAGGAGCGCUUUGGGUUUCAGACAUUUUGACUCGUGCAGCCAAAAUCGCUGGUGAUUUUGGUAGCCAUGAUAGUAAAACAAUGGAGUGACUCGAGGCUCCUUUCUUUGGAAGACUUCCAGUUCCAGACCACCAUUCCUACGAAUCCUACUACGAAGAGUUAGUAUGGGCCUGGGCUGGGCUUUUAAUAGACUUGGGUCAAAACUAGUAGCCCAGAUUCCU